AUGAGUAGGUUGAAGUACGCCGAUGAGCAUGUGCCUACACAAGUCAUUUGCGGUAGUUCUGGCCUCCUACAAGAUGAUUGGAGCGCAUCUGGUCAUCGAACUACCGGUUUAAAUGCGGGCCCCAAUGAGACUAUCAUUCAUAGUAAUGCACAGGCUCUCGUCUCCCUUGGUCUCUCUGCUCUCGGCUACCACUAUGUGACUGUUGAUUGUGGAUGGACUUUGCCUGAUAGAACUUCUGCUGGAACAUUGACAUGGAAUCCCGAUCGGUUUCCGAAUGGUUACCCAGCUUUGGGGACUUUUAUUCAUGGACUGGGGCUGGGCUUUGGAGUUUAUUCGGAUGCUGGGGUGCAAAUGUGUAUGACUGGCACUCCGGCACAAGUGGGUAGUCUAUAUGCACAAACCUUCGCAUCAUGGGGAGCAGAUCUGUUGAAAUAUGAUAACUGCUAUUCAGAUGGAGCAACUGGAUAUCCAAAUACCAAUUAUGCGCCCUCAACAUCUCCAUCUCUGCGCUAUCAGAACAUGACCAAUGCACUCGCCACUUUAAGCAAGCCUAUGCUUUUCCAGAUCUGCGAUUGGGGUGUCGAUUUUCCUUCCGCAUGGGCUCCACCCAUGGGAAACACCUGGCGCAUCACCAACGAUAUCAUUCCCUCGUAUUCCACCAUUCCAAGAAUUCUAAACCAGGCUGUACCACAAACUUCUUUCGCUGGUCCUGGGCAUUGGUUAGAUCUUGAUAUGUUGGAGGUUGGGAAUAAUGUUUUGACUACUACUGAAGAACAAACGCAUUUUAGUUUAUGGGCGAUUUUGAAGAGUCCAUUGGUAAUUGGAGCAGCUUUGAAGGAUACAUUCACGAGUAUUAACUCUGCCUCUUUGAAUAUCCUGAGCAACAAAGAUGUUAUAAGUUAUAAUCAAGAUACAUUAGGCGUUGCAGCAAGCUUUCGACGAAGAUGGACAACGGAUGGAUAUGAAGUAUGGGCGGGACCAUUAAGUGGAGGUCGUACUGUAGUAGCGCUCAUUAAUCUUCAAAAUACUGCGAAGACACUUACCUUGGAUCUCCCAGACGUGGGAUUGCAGAAAGCGAGUACUCUCAAGAAUAUUUGGGCCGGUACAAGCGCGACGAAUGUUCUGACUUCAUAUUCCGCAACUGUGGGUGCGCAUGGGACCAUGCUUUUAGAACUUGGGGGGACGACUGUUUCGGGUACAUAUGCUGCUAGUGAUGCUGCUGUUUCUGGCUCAACUAUCACAUUCUCCAAAAUUUACGCUAAAACGUCGAGCUCUAACUACACCGUCUCACUUCAAUUCAGCUCCUCAUCCACCUCCUCAACAACCUUCACUAUCGCCUCAAAAAAAUAUACUCUCCCAGCAGGUUCAAAAUCGCUCGUCAUAGGCUCCCUCCCAUUCACGGCAUCCAGCACAAACACCCUCGCUAUAACUUCAUCUUCCGCACUCCUGCCUUCUUCCAUCGCAGUUGCACCACCACCAGCAACAUUUUACUCCUCAUCUAACAUGAGUAUCUCCGGCACCGCCACCCACGUAACAUGCAGCACAAACUACUGCGCUCCAAGCGGCACAAAAAUCGGCUACCUAACUCCCAGCGGCUCCGCCUCCAUCACUGUCAAUGCCCCCUCAACAUCGGCCACUACGUCCUCCACAAAAUACCUUUCCAUCUAUUUCUGCAACAAUGACGUUGCAUUCAGUACAUCCUGGACCACCGGCACCAACACGCGCAAUAUGACGAUUAGCGUUAAUGGAGUUGUGACACGCGCCGAAUUUCCACUCAGUGGAAAGAGUUCCGAGCUGUUUGGGACGAAGGGAUGGCAAGAUACGGGGAUUUUUGGAAUUUUGACUAGUGGGUGGAAGACUGGGAGUAAUGUUUUGACUUUUGGAAAUGCUGCCGGAGGAUUGGUGGAUUAUGCGGCGGAUUUGGUUGGUGUGGAUGUUUAUUGGUGA